CCGCCCCGUAGAAAUCGACGCGGCCCCGGGGCCGCUCGCUUCCUGUUUGUCCGACGAGGCGACAUGGCGGCGGCGCCGGCGGUGGCUGGGGCUGGGGCCGGCCGAGGGAGACGGUCGGCGGCAACCGUGGCGGCGUGGGGUGGAUGGGGAGGCCGGCCGCGGCCCGGAAACAUCCUCCUGCAGCUGCGGCAGGGCCAGCUGACCGGCCGGGGCCUGGUGCGGGCGGUGCAGUUCACUGAGACUUUUUUGACUGAGAGGGACAAACAGUCCAAAUGGAGUGGAAUUCCUCAGUUGCUCCUUAAGCUGUAUGCCACCAGCCACCUCCACAGUGACUUCAUUGAGUGCCAAAACAUCCUCAAGGAAAUUUCUCCUCUUCUGUCCAUGGAGGCCAUGGCAUUUGUGACUGAAGAUAGGAAACUUACUCAAGAAACCACUUACCCAAAUACAUAUAUUUUCGACUUAUUUGGAGGUGUUGAUCUUCUUGUAGAAAUUCUUAUGAGGCCUACAAUUUCUAUCCGGGGACAGAAAUUAAAAAUAAGUGAUGAAAUGUCCAAGGAUUGUUUGAGCAUCCUGUAUAACACCUGUGUUUGUACUGAAGGAGUUACAAAGCGUUUGGCAGAAAAGAAUGAUUUCGUGAUCUUCCUGUUUACACUGAUGACAAGUAAAAAAACAUUUUUACAAACAGCAACUCUCAUUGAAGAUAUUUUGGGUGUUAAAAAGGAAAUGAUUCGACUAGAUGAAGUUCCUAAUCUGAGUUCCUUAGUAUCCAAUUUCGAUCAACAACAGCUUGCUAAUUUCUGCCGGAUUCUGGCUGUCACCAUUUCAGAGAUGGAUACAGGGAACGAUGACAAGCAUACUCUUCUUGCCAAAAAUGCUCAACAGAAGAAGAGCUUGAGCUUGGGGCCUUCCGCAGCAGAAAUCAACCAAGCGGCCCUUCUCAGCAUUCCUGGCUUUGUCGAGCGACUUUGCAAACUGGCCACCCGAAAAGUGUCAGAGUCAACAGGCACAGCUAGCUUCCUUCAGGAGUUGGAGGAGUGGUACACAUGGCUAGAUAAUGCUUUGGUGCUAGAUGCUCUGAUGCGAGUGGCCAAUGAGGAAUCGGAGCACAAUCAAGGUACUUUGGGAGAUCUCCUGAGUGCCUCCACUCUGUUCCCUCCUCCAGGAGCUUCUGAGGAGAAUGGGCUGCCGCACACUUCAGCCAGGACCCAACUGCCCCAGUCAAUGAAGAUCAUGCAUGAGAUCAUGUACAAAUUGGAAGUGCUCUAUGUCCUCUGUGUGCUGCUGAUGGGGCGUCAGCGAAACCAGGUCCACAGGAUGAUUGCAGAGUUCAAGCUGAUCCCCGGACUCAAUAAUCUGUUUGACAAGCUGAUUUGGAGGAAACACUCCGCAUCUGCCCUUGUUCUCCAUGGUCACAACCAGAACUGUGACUGUAGCCCAGACAUCACCUUGAAGAUCCAGUUUUUGAGGCUUCUCCAGAGUUUCAGUGACCAUCACGAAAACAAGUACCUGCUCCUCAACAACCAGGAGCUGAAUGAACUCAGUGCCAUCUCUCUCAAGGCCAACAUCCCUGAGGUGGAAGCCGUCCUCAACACUGACAGGAGUUUGGUGUGUGAUGGGAAAAGGGGCUUAUUAACUAGACUGCUGCAGGUCAUGAAGAAAGAGCCAGCAGAGUCAUCAUUCAGGUUUUGGCAAGCCCGGGCUGUGGAGAGUUUCCUCCGAGGGACCACCUCCUAUGCAGACCAGAUGUUCCUGCUGAAGCGAGGCCUUCUAGAGCACAUCCUAUACUGCAUCGUGGACAGCGAGUGCAAAUCAAGGGAUGUGCUCCAAAGCUACUUCGAUCUCCUGGGGGAGCUGAUGAAGUUCAAUGUUGAUGCGUUCAAAAGAUUCAAUAAAUACAUCAAUACUGAUGCCAAGUUCCAGGUGUUCCUGAAGCAGAUUAACAGUUCACUGGUGGAUUCCAACAUGCUGGUACGCUGCGUCACCCUGUCACUGGACCGAUUUGAAAACCAGGUGGACAUGAAAGUGGCAGAAGUUCUAUCUGAGUGCCGCCUGCUCGCCUACAUAUCCCAGGUGCCCACACAGAUGUCCUUCCUCUUCCGACUCAUCAACAUUAUCCACGUGCAGACACUGACUCAGGAGAAUGUCAGCUGCCUCAACACCAGCCUGGUGAUCCUCAUGCUGGCCCGGCGGAAAGAGCGGCUGCCCUUAUACCUGCGGCUACUGCAGCGGAUGGAGCACAGCAAGAAGUAUCCCGGCUUCCUGCUCAACAACUUCCACAACCUGCUGCGCUUCUGGCAACAGCAUUACCUACACAAGGACAAGGACAGCACCUGCCUGGAGAACAGCUCCUGUAUCAGCUUCUCAUACUGGAAGGAGACAGUGUCCAUCCUGUUGAACCCAGACCGCGAGUCACCCUCUGCCCUGGUCAGCUACAUUGAGGAGCCCUACAUGGACAUAGACAGAGACUUCACUGAGGAGUGACGUUGGGCCAGGCCUCGGGAGGCUGCUGGGCCAGGGCCAGCAUGGGUGAGCGUGGGUACCUGUACCACACGCCCUGCCUAUUUCCAUCCCUCCCCUGCCUCCCUGUUGAUAAUCUGCCUGCCCAGGUCUUCAGGGACAGGCUUAGUGGGAGGAGCAUCCUGGAGCCCUCAGCCCCUGAGUCUGAGGGCCCAGGUCACUGGGAAGUAUCAGUUCCCUGACGAUUCCCAUAAUGAGGACAGGGGCACCAUGCCCACUCUCCCCUCAAAAUUGUGAGGCCCAGGCCUGCUCAGAGAAAGGGGACUUAGGAAAAUAGCUCUGAGUUCCUGCCCUGUCUCCUGGUUGUCAUCCCAGGUGGGGAAGGGAUGUAGACCUCCUCCCUCCCUGCCGUGAGCCCAGCUUCCUUGGCCUCUGAGCCCCCAUAGAGGCUCCUAAACCCCAGGCAAGGGUUGGGGUACCGGAGAAUGCUGCCUUCCCCUAGACCUGCCCAUAUUUUCUCCCUCCUUGCCUCAUCUUCCUUUAGCUCCUCUGGUUCUGUUUGCUCACUGGCCACUGUGUUCAUCCCAGGAGGUUCCUUCAGAAGUAGGGGGGCUUUAUCUCUCCAUCCCUUAGGGCACAGAGUGCCCGUGCUGCCCUGGGCAUGGCAGCAUCUCCUGCCUGAGCCUAGACACAGGAGCCUAGCUGGGAGCUCACCUGUGGCCCCUCCUGUGUUGCCAAUUUAUUAACAGCAAAUAAACCAAUUAAAUGGAGACUAUUAAAGAACUUUAUUUUAAA